GAAAUCCACUCAAGGCUGAGAGACAGAACUGGCUCGUGUCUGUGACUGUGGCUGUGGGGGUCACACUAGCCUGAGAGGGUCAAUUGUGGGAGAGGGAGAGGGGUUGAGAGAGUGAGAGAAUAAUAAAAAGUUACGAUAAAACAAUGGAAGACACCACUGCUGAUAAAAGGUGUGAUUUCCUGGAGGAAUAUGUCUUGAAAACUCUGAAGCUAAAGGCUGAUCGAUGGCAGCGGUGCAUUGGCACUGAGGAAUAUCGCCUACUGAUACAGGAAUUCUUGGAAAAAAGUGAUCGGAAAGUGCUUGUGGUGUCUGUGAAUGCUGCAGGACAACUCAUUCCGUCCCUGGAGUUUCCCAACGCCUGUAAGAACAAAGCUGUGUUCUUUGUCAAGAAACACAAAGAUCAGUUAACGAGGGAAUCUAUGAAAACUCAACUGGGAUUUGGGGAUUUAUCCUACUCCCCGCUUGAUCAAUUCUCUGCCCUGGUGGACGAGGUGGUGGUGCCAGUUCUGACCAACAGCAGGAACCUCAGCCGAUGGCCUCAGGUGGUGUCUCAGGAUGUGAUGAGACACACUUACGGCUUGAAGAGCAACGUCUUCGUGGUGGUGGGCCGAGUGAAAGGCAAGACUCUGCUUCCACUGCCAGCAGGAGCUGAGCAAGCUGUGGACGGAUACGAGGAGGAGAAAACUGGGGAGAUCCUGGACAAGCACAUUGUCCACGCCAUCGAAUCGGUCAUCAUUGACUGGAGCCACCAGAUCCGGGAGGUGCUGAAGAAAGACUCCUCAGAGUCUCUGCUGGAAGGCUGCAAUCCCAAUCCUACCGAGGAGCUGGAAUUCUGGAAAACCAGAUGCACAAACCUGGAAUGUAUUUACGAUCAGCUGAAGUCCAGGAAAGUUCAGAAGAUGGUGGAGCUGUUGGAGAGUGUGGAAAGCAGCUAUUUCCCCGUGUUCAAAACCAUGUUCGCAGACGUUGUUGAGGCUCUGACUGAGGCGAGGGACAUCAGUCUGCACCUGAAGCCUCUACAGCGCUACUUUGAAGAUAUUGAGAACGUGGAGUUCAGUGAGGUGAGACCGGCCAUGAACUGUCUCCUGCACCUAGUGUGUCUGGUCUGGGCCAGGUCUGAGCACUUCAACACCCCUGCUCGCAUCAUCGUUCUCCUGCAGGAGAUCUGCAACCUCUUCAUCCAGCAGGCUCGUGCCCAUCUCAACCCAGAAGACAUCUUGAGAGGAGAGGUGGAGGAGAGCCUGGCCAAGGUGCGCCAGACCCUGGAGACACUGAGAUCUUUCAAGAGGUUGUAUGAGGACAAGCGGGAAACACUGAGGGAUUAUUACGAGGAAAACCAAGUGGUGAGAGAGUGGAACUUCAAUUCUCUGCUGGUCUUCUCCCGCAUGAACUCCUUCCUGCGGAGACUCGAGGAGAUUGAGUAUUUGCUGGUGACGGCGCAGGACAUAUUCAAGCUGGAAAAGAUUGAGCUGGGAGGGGUUCGAGGCAAAGCCUUGAGUCAUCAGGUGGUGAGCACCUAUGAGGAGUUUCAGGAGACGUAUAAAGUUUUCUCAGCGCGAACGUACGACUGUUUGGAUCCCGCUAACCAGGAGUUUGACGAAGAUCUCAAGAGCUGCAAGCAGAGAGUUGAGGAUUUGGACCUUCGGCUGGCCACCAUUUUCUGUCAGGCUUUCGAUGACUCCUGUGGCUUGGAGCAAGGCUUCAAGUUGCUGGACAUGUUCGGCAGUCUGCUCGACCGACCCCUCAUCGAGGCCCACGUGAGCAGCCGGUACCUUCACCUCGUCACCACCUUCAACAAGGACCUGGAUGACGCCAAACUCAUUUACAACCAACACCUUCAGCAAACCUGGGUUUCCGUAUUUGCAGGUUACCCUCCAGUGCACAGGAACAUGCCAGUGGUCGCUGGUGCCCUGCGCUGGGCUCAGGAGCUAAGGGAACGGAUUCAAGUGCCGUUCGGUUACUUCAGACACGUCUCGUACCCGUGUCUGGACUCCGCUGAAGGCAAACGUGUGAUUCAGAAAUAUGAAGAGAUGAAGGAGCUCCUGGAGCAAUAUGAGGAGAAACUGUACACAGAGUGGGCCCAAACUGUGGCUGAAAGGUCUCAGGAUAACCUCAAUCAACCUCUCCUCAGGCGAAAUCCACAGACAAAACUUAUCACGGUCAACUUUGACUCCCAGCUGGUCUCAGUCUUACAAGAAGUGAAGUACUUGGACAGACAUUUGAAAGUCAAGAUCCCAGAAACUGCAGCCCAAAUCUAUUGCUCCAAAGAAACCUACCGACAGUAUGUGGCUACGUUGGAGCUGACAGCCAACUGGUACAACAAGAUUCGUAAGACAGUGCUGGAGGUCGAAUUCCCUCUUAUAGAAGGGCAAGUGCAGGUCAUAGAUGCCAAACUACAGGAGGCAGAAGAGAUAUUGAACUGGAGGAAUGAAGACGCUUGGGGUUAUAUCCAAAUGGUCCGGGAUAUGGUGCGUGACUUGGAAUGUCGGAUACAGAAAGCAAAGGAUCAUGUGGAGGAGAUACAGAGUAUCAUGAGGACCUGGGUGUCUCCUGUGUUUGAGAGGAGGGAAGGCAAGGACGCGUUGCUCCAUCUGGAGGACAGGAGCGAGCGGCUCGAGAAACGCUACAGCUUCAUAAGAGAAACGGGAGAAAAGAUCCAACGACUAGUGGAGGAAAACCUGAUUCUCUUCCAAGCGGAUGCAACUUUGGAUGUCUGGAAAACUUACGUUGAUUACAUUGAUGAAAUGAUCAUCGAUGGUUUAUUCAAUGCGAUUGAGUGCUCCUUGAACUAUCUUGUAGACAACAUGGAUCCUAAAGCUGGCUGUGGGCCGCUCUUUGAAGCCCAGUUGGACCUCGUUGCCCCUGAUUUGGUCUUCCACCCAUCUCUGGAGCUUGGUGCCACCAAUGGCUUCUGUGACCUGGUAGACGGACUCAUGAAUGACAUCUACAGGAUUUCUUCCUUGGUGCCCAGACUUGCAAAUCACAGUGACUGCCCUCACUACCAGGCUGACAUGGAAGACAUGGCGGACUUGGCAGACCUGCGUCAGCACCUGAUGGACAGUGUUCAGCUCGUGCUGGGAAAGUGCUGCAAUUACCGUAACGCCUUUGACCAGUUCUCCUACCUGUGGGUUGACGACCGGAAGGAGUUCAUGCGGCAGUUCCUGCUGUACGGCCACUUGCUCAGCGCGGAGGAAAUCGAGGCCCACGCGGAGGAGGGGGUCCCUGAGAGCCCCCCCACCCUGCAGCAGUACAAGGAGCAGGUGGACACCUACGAGAAGAUCUACCAUGAGGUGAACCGCCUGGAGCCCGUCAAUGUGUUUGACGGCUGGAUGCGAGUAGAUGGGCGGCCGUUUAAAUCUGCCUUGCUCAAUGUCAUCAAGAAAUGGAGCCUGAUGUUCAAGCAGCACCUUAUUGGCCAUGUAACUAACAGCCUGGCUGACUUGGAAAUGUUCAUCAAAGUGACUGAAAGAGGCCUGAGCCAAAAGGUGGAAGACGGCAACUUGACCGGGUUGGUUGAUGUCAUGGGGCACCUUAUGGCCGUGAAAGAGAGGCAGGCGAUGACUGAUGGGAUGUUUGAACCCCUUAAACAAACCAUUGAGCUUCUGAAGACCUAUGACCAGGAGCUACCUGAAGAGGUGUACAGACAGUUAGAGGAAUUGCCAGAGAAGUGGAAUAAUGUGAAGAAACUUGGGAUAACAGCAAAGCAGCAGGUGGCCCCGCUCCAAGCCAACGAAGUGACUGUUCUGCGUAAGAAAUGCGCUGCCUUUGAUGUGGAGCAACACAAGUUCCGGGAGCAAUUCCGCCGACAAGCACCAUUCAGGUUUGACAGUCCAGAUCCCCACCAGAUGCUGGAUUUGGUCCAUCACCAGAUCAGCCAAAUGGAAGCAGAUAUGCUGGCCCUGAAUGACUCUGCCGUCUUGUUCGAGGUCAGUGUGCCUGACUACAAACAGCUGAAACAGUGCAGGAAAGAGGCAUGUCUGCUCAAGGAGUUGUGGGACAUGAUAACUGUGGUCAAGUCCAGCAUGAAUGAUUGGAAGAGGACAAAGUGGAGGGAGAUUGACGUGGAAAACAUGGAUCUGGAGACCAAGAAGCUGGCUAAAGAUAUCCGGGGCCUCGAUAAGGAAAUGAGGGCCUGGGAUGCCUUUGCGGGGCUGGACAGCACAGUGAAGAACAUCAUGACCUCCCUUCGUGCAGUGGCUGAACUUCAGAACCCGGCCAUUAGGGACCGCCACUGGUACCAGCUGAUGCAGGCGACGAGGGUCACCUUCACCAUGGACGAGAGCACCACCUUGGCCGACCUCCUGAAACUGAACCUGCACAACUUUGAGGACGAGGUGCGCGGCAUCGUGGACAAGGCUGUGAAGGAGAUGGGGAUGGAGAAGGUGCUGAAGGAGCUGGACACAACGUGGGGCAGUAUGCAGUUUCACUACGAGCAUCACCCACGCACUGCCGUGCCUUUGCUCAGGUCGGAUGAAGACCUCAUUGAGACCCUGGAGGACAACCAAGUGCAACUGCAGAACCUCAUGUCUUCCAAGUACAUCGCCUUCUUCCUGGAGGAAGUCUCCAGUUGGCAGAAGAAGCUGUCCACUGCGGACUCCGUCAUCUCCGUUUGGUUUGAGGUGCAGCGGACAUGGUCCCACCUGGAGAGUAUCUUCAUUGGUUCCGAGGACAUACGAGCCCAGCUGCCUGAGGAUUCGAAACGCUUUGAGGAGAUCGAUAUGGAUUUCAAGGAGUUGGCUUCAGACGCUGAGAAAACACCAAACGUGGUGGAAGCGACCAACAAAUGGGGCUUGUACGAAAAAUUGGAGGACAGUCAGAGAAGACUGGCUCUUUGUGAGAAAGCCCUGGCCGAAUAUCUUGACACAAAGCGACUGGCGUUUCCCAGGUUCUAUUUUAUUUCAUCUGCGGAUCUCUUGGACAUUCUCUCCAAUGGCACCAGCCCUCACCUGGUGAGUCAUCACUUGUCAAAGCUCUUUGACAACAUGACGAAGAUGAAAUUCCAGACCGACGCAGAUGACAGACCCACUAAGUUGGCGUUGGGAAUGUACAGCAAGGAGAAUGAGUACGUUAACUUCAAAGAGCCAUGUGAUUGUAGCGGGCAGGUGGAGCUCUGGUUGAAUCGAGUGCUUGAGUCCAUGAGAGACACAGUAAGGCAUGAAAUGGCCGAGGGCGUUACGUCUUAUGAGGAGAAACCCAGAGACCAGUGGCUGUUUGAUUACCCGGCUCAGGUGGCUCUCAGCUGUACCCAGAUCUGGUGGACGAUCGAGGUCAGUAUAUCCUUUGCGCGGCUGGAGGAAGGCUAUGAAAAUGCCAUGAAGGAAUACUAUAAGAAGCAGGUGCACCAGCUGAAUACGCUGAUCACCAUGCUGAUUGGCCAGCUCUCCAAGGGAGACCGGCAGAAGAUCAUGACCAUCUGCACCAUUGAUGUCCACGCCCGGGAUGUGGUGGCCAAGAUCAUUUCUCAGAAGGUUGACAAUUCCCAAGCCUUCCUCUGGCUCUCCCAGCUACGACACCGCUGGGAUGAUGAAAAGAAGCAUUGUUUGGCGAACAUCUGUGAUGCCCAGUUUCUGUACUUGUAUGAGUAUCUGGGGAACACCCCCCGAUUGGUGAUUACACCCCUAACUGACCGGUGCUACAUCACCCUGACCCAGUCCCUGCACCUGACCAUGAGCGGAGCGCCGGCGGGUCCUGCGGGCACCGGCAAGACCGAAACCACCAAGGACCUGGGCCGAGCCCUGGGCGUCAUGGUCUACGUGUUCAACUGCUCCGAGCAGAUGGAUUACAAGUCCUGUGGUAAUAUCUACAAAGGUUUGGCUCAGACUGGCGCCUGGGGAUGUUUUGACGAGUUCAACAGGAUUUCGGUGGAGGUGCUCUCUGUGGUAGCUGUGCAGGUCAAGUCCAUCCAGGAUGCCAUUCGGGACAAAAAGAAACGCUUCAACUUCAUGGGCGAAGAAAUCAACCUGGCUCCGUCUGUCGGCAUCUUCAUCACCAUGAACCCCGGCUAUGCCGGUCGGACCGAGCUGCCAGAGAACCUCAAAGCUCUGUUCAGACCCUGUGCGAUGGUGGUGCCAGACUUUGAGCUGAUCUGUGAAAUCAUGUUAGUCGCUGAAGGAUUCAUUGAGGCCAGGCUGUUAUCCAGGAAAUUCAUCACCUUGUACCAACUCUGCAAAGAACUGCUUUCAAAACAGGAUCACUAUGACUGGGGUCUCCGUGCCAUCAAAUCCGUGCUGGUCGUUGCCGGCUCCCUGAAGCGAGGUGACCCCGACCGUCCUGAAGACCAGGUCCUAAUGCGAGCCCUUCGGGAUUUCAACGUCCCGAAGAUAGUGACCGACGAUAUGCCCAUUUUCAUGGGUUUGAUCAGUGAUCUUUUCCCUGCGCUGGAUGUCCCCAGGAAGAGAGACUUGGAGUUCGAGAGCCAAGUGAAGCAGUCUGUCCUGGACCUUAAGCUACAGGCUGAAGACAACUUUGUUCUGAAAGUUGUUCAGUUGGAGGAGCUGUUGGCUGUGAGACACUCUGUCUUCGUGGUGGGCAACGCUGGCACCGGCAAGUCCCAGGUCCUGAAGUCCCUGUACAGGACUUACCAGAACAUGAAGCUCCGGCCGGCCUGGGCCGACCUGAAUCCCAAGGCCGUCACCAACGACGAACUGUUUGGAAUCAUAAACCCAGCGACCAGGGAGUGGAGAGAUGGUCUGUUCUCCUCCAUCAUGCGAGAGCUGGCGAACGUAACACAUGAGGGACACAAGUGGAUAGUCCUGGAUGGUGACAUUGACCCCAUGUGGAUUGAAUCUCUCAACACAGUCAUGGAUGACAAUAAGGUCCUGACACUGGCCAGUAAUGAACGCAUCCCCCUGAACCCCAGCAUGAGGCUCGUGUUUGAAAUCAGUCAUCUCAGGACCGCGACUCCCGCCACCGUCUCCCGAGCAGGGAUCUUGUACAUUAACGCCGCUGACCUGGGAUGGAACCCACCAGUUAGCAGCUGGAUUGACCAGAGAGAAGCCCAGUCUGAGAAAGCUAACCUGACCAUCCUGUUCGAGAAGUACCUGCCCUUGUGCUUGGACACUCUCAGGGCAAGGUUUAAGAAGAUCAUCCCAGUGCCAGAGCAGAGUAUGGUUCAGAUGCUCUGUUACUUGCUUGAGUGCCUCUUGACCAAGGAGAACACCCCUGCAGACUCCCCCAAAGAGCUCUACGAGCUGUACUUCAUCUUUGCUGGGAUCUGGGCCUUUGGUGGUGCUAUGUUUCAAGAUCAGCUUGUAGACUACAGGAUUGAGUUCAGCAAGUGGUGGGUAUCGGAGUUCAAGACAAUCAAAUUCCCUUCUCAAGGGACAGUCUUUGACUAUUAUAUUGAUCCAGAGACAAAGAAGUUUGAACCUUGGUCCAAACUAAUCCCCAAGUUUGAGUACGACUCAGACAUGCCGCUUCAGGCAUGUCUGGUGCACACCGUGGAGACCAUCCGCAUCCGCUACUUCAUGGACCGACUGUUGGCGAGACGCAAGCCUGUCAUGCUGGUGGGCAACGCUGGCACAGGGAAGUCGGUGCUGGUGGGGGAGAAGCUGGGAUCUCUGGAUCCUGAUGAGUACACAGUGAAGAACGUGCCCUUUAACUACUACACCACGUCAGCAAUGCUCCAAGGGAUCUUGGAAAAACCUCUCGAGAAAAAGGCUGGCAGGAACUACGGCCCUCCCGGCUCCAAGAAACUCAUCUACUUCAUUGAUGACAUGAACAUGCCUGAGGUUGACACCUAUGGUACUGUUCAGCCACACACACUGAUCAGGCAGCACAUGGAUUACUAUCACUGGUACGACCGUAAUAAGCUUUCCCUGAAGGAGAUUCACAAUGUGCAAUAUGUUUCCUGUAUGAACCCCACAGCUGGAAGCUUUACCAUCAACCCUCGUCUACAGCGUCACUUCUGCGUGUUUGCCCUCUCCUUCCCUGGCACAGACGCCCUGGUGACCAUCUACAGCUCCAUCCUGUGCCAGCAUCUGAAAGCAGGAAACUUUGCCGCAGCAUUGCAGAAAUCCACCCAGCAGCUGAUCGGCCUGGCCUUGGCUGUGCAUCACAAAGUGGCGUCUAGCUUUCUGCCAACUGCCAUCAAAUUCCACUACAUCUUCAACCUGCGGGACCUCUCCAACAUCUUCCAGGGCAUUCUGUUCAGUACACCUGACUGUCUGAAGUCCCCUCAUGAUCUGGUCAAGCUUUAUCUGCACGAGUCGAACCGGGUGUACAGAGACAAGAUGUUGGAAGAGAAGGACUUUGGGACCUUUGAUAAAAUACAGACGGAAAUGGUCAAAAAGUUCUAUGACGAUGUGGAGGAGACCCUGGAGCAGACGAGGACGAUGAACAUGUACUGCCAUUUUGCCCAUGGUGUAGGGGAACCCAAGUACAUGCCUGUGGAGGACUGGGAAUCCGUCAACAAAAUCCUGGUGGAAGCGCUGGACAAUUACAAUGAAGUCAAUGCUGCCAUGAACUUAGUUCUUUUCGAGGAUGCCAUGUCCCACAUAUGCCGUAUCAAUCGCAUUCUCGAGGCUCCCAGAGGCAACGCCCUGCUGAUCGGGGUUGGGGGAAGUGGGAAGCAGAGUCUGACAAGACUAGCGGCUUUCAUCAGCUCUUUGGAAGUCUUCCAGAUCACGCUGAGGAAAGGCUACAGCAUCGUCGAUCUGAAGACAGAUCUCGCUAAUCUAUAUUUAAAAGCUGGAAUGAAGAACAUAGGCACCGUCUUCCUCAUGACAGAUGCUCAAGUAGCAGAUGAGAAAUUUCUUGUGCUUGUGAACGACUUGCUGGCAUCAGGCGAAAUUCCUGACCUGUUCCCUGAUGAUGAAUUGGAGAACAUCAUCAAUGGUGUGCGAAAUGAAGUCAAGGGUCAAGGUUUGAUGGACACCAGGGAAAACUGCUGGAAAUUUUUCAUAGAUCGUGUCAGGAAGCAAUUGAAGAUUGCCCUGUGCUUCUCACCUGUUGGUAACAAGCUCCGACUGCGGAGCAGGAAAUUCCCCGCCGUUGUGAACUGCACUGCCAUCGAUUGGUUCCACGAGUGGCCUCUGGAGGCUCUGGAGUCUGUCAGCCUGCGCUUCCUCCAGGGGAUCGACAGCAUUGAUCCCACACUGAAGGAAUCUGUCAGCAAAUUCAUGGCUUACGUCCACAUCACCGUCAACGAGAUCUCCAAGUCCUACCUGGCCAAUGAGCGUCGCUACAAUUACACCACCCCCAAGUCGUUCUUGGAGCAGAUCAAACUGUACCAGAACCUGUUGUCCAAGAAAACCAAAGAGCUCACGGCCAAGAUGGAGCGUCUGGAGAACGGGCUCCAGAAACUCAAAGGCACCUCGGCACAGGUGGACGAUUUGAAGGCUAAGCUGGCCGCACAGGAGGUGGAGCUGCAGCAGAAGAACGAAGACGCCGACAAGCUUAUCCAAGUGGUUGGGGUGGAAACCGAGAAGGUCAGCAAGGAAAAGGCGAUCGCAGAUGAGGAGGAAGAGAAGGUGGCUCUCAUUGCUAAGGAGGUCACUCAGAAGCAGAGAGACUGUGAGGAGGAUUUAGCUAAGGCAGAGCCUGCAUUGGUGGCGGCUCAGGAUGCUCUUAACACAUUGAACAAGAACAAUCUAACAGAAUUGAAGUCCUUCGGCUCCCCUCCUUCCGCGGUGUCUAACGUCACGGCCGCGGUGUUGGUGCUGAUGGCGCCCGGGGGGAAGAUACCCAAGGACCGCAGCUGGAAGGCGGCAAAGGUCAUGAUGGCCAAAGUGGAUGGCUUCCUGGACUCCCUGAUCACCUUCAAGAAAGAAAACAUCCCCGACGCCUGCCUCCGAGCCAUCCAGCCUUACCUGCACGAUCCCGAGUUCAACCAGGAGUUCAUCGCAUCCAAGUCCCUCGCUGCCGCGGGCCUGUGCUCCUGGGUCAUCAACAUUGUCAAGUUUUACCAAGUUUAUUGCGAGGUGGAGCCCAAGCGGCAAGCGCUCAGCAAAGCCAACGCGGAAUUGGCAGCGGCUCAGGAUAAGCUGACCAACAUCAAAGCCAAGAUAGCCCAACUCAAUGAAAACUUAGCAAAGCUAACGGCAAAGUUUGAGCGAGCGACUGCGGAUAAACUGAAGUGCCAACAGGAAGCCGAAUCGACCGCACGGACCAUCAGCCUGGCCAAUCGAUUGGUCGGUGGUUUGGCUUCAGAGAACGUACGUUGGGCAGAAUCCGUGCGUAACUUCAAAGAGCAGGAGAACAUGCUCUGUGGUGAUGUGCUGCUGAUCACGGCCUUUGUCUCGUAUCUGGGCUACUUCACAAAGAAGUACAGGCAGGAUCUGAUGGAUGGGAAGUGGAGACCUUAUCUUGGGCAGGUCAAGGUUCCGAUCCCUGUGACCUCUGAGCGAGAUUCCCUGACAAUGCUCACAGACGAUGCUGACAUCGCUGCCUGGCAGAACGAGGGUUUGCCCGCAGACAGAAUGUCCACCGAGAACGCCACCAUCCUCACCAACUGCGAGCGCUGGCCUCUCAUGAUUGACCCCCAGUUGCAGGGCAUCAAAUGGAUCAAGAACAAGUGUGGAGAGCACCUCAAAGUCCUGAGGAUUGGCCAGAGAGGAUACUUGGACAUGAUGGAGCUUGCUCUGGGGUCGGGAGAAGUGGUCCUCAUCGAGAACCUGGAGGAAUCGGUCGAUCCUGUGCUGGGACCAUUACUGGGCCGAGAAACCAUUAAAAAGGGCAGGUACAUCCGCAUUGGAGACAAGGAGUGCGAGUACAAUCCCAGCUUUCGUCUCAUUCUGCACACCAAGCUGGCCAAUCCCCACUAUCAGCCUGAGAUGCAGGCCCAGUGCACGCUCAUUAACUUCACGGUGACGAGAGAUGGCCUGGAGGACCAGCUGCUGGCGUCUGUGGUCAGUAUGGAGAGACCUGACCUGGAGGAACUGAAGUCCAACCUCACAAAGCAGCAGAAUGGCUUCAAAAUCACCUUGAAAACCUUGGAGGACAACCUGCUCUCCCGCCUCUCCUCUGCCUCUGGAAACUUCCUCGGAGACACGGCCUUGGUGGAGAACCUGGAGACCACCAAACGCACGGCGGCGGAGAUCGAGGAGAAGGUGAAAGAAGCCAAAGUAACGGAGAUUAAGAUCAACGAGGCACGAGAGCAUUAUCGGGCGGCUGCUGGCAGAGGAUCUUUAUUGUACUUCAUAAUGAACGACCUGAGUAAAAUCAACCCAAUGUACCAGUUCUCUUUGAAGGCUUUCAGUGUUGUGUUCCAAAUGUCUGUUUCAAAGGCAACAGCUGAUGAGAACCUGAAGCAGCGAGUGGACAAUUUGAUCGACAGCCUCACCUUCUCUGUCUUCCAGUACACCAUCAGGGGGCUGUUUGAAUGUGAUAAGCUCACCUACACUGCCCAGCUUGCCUUCCAGAUUCUUCUGAUCAACAAAGAAAUUAACCUAAAGGAGUUAGACUUCCUCCUUCGCUACCCGGCCCAGCCUGGCUUCUGCAGUCCUGUCGACUUCCUCUCCAACCAGUCCUGGGGGGGUGUCAAGGCGCUGGCAUCCAUGGAGGAGUUUCGUAACCUGGAUCGUGACGUGGAGGGAUCUGCCAAACGGUGGAAGAAAUUUGUGGAAUCAGAGUGUCCGGAGAAAGAGACAUUUCCUCAGGAGUGGAAGAGCAAGUCUGCACUUCAGCAGCUGUGUAUGAUGAGAGCCCUUCGACCUGAUCGCAUGACCUACGCCAUACGAGAUUUUGUCGAGGAGAAGCUGGGGAGCAAAUACGUUGUGGGGCGGUCGUUGGACUUUGCGGUUUCCUUUGAGGAAUCGGGACCCGCCACACCCAUGUUCUUCAUCCUUUCCCCUGGUGUCGAUCCCCUGAAGGACGUGGAGAAACACGGCAAAAAGCUGGGUUACACAUUCGAUCGAGGAAACUUCUACAAUGUGUCUCUAGGGCAAGGCCAGGAGGUGGUCGCUGAACAAGCGCUCGAUCUGGCUGCUAAAGAAGGUCAUUGGGUGAUUCUGCAGAAUAUUCACCUAGUGGCCAAAUGGCUGAGUACGUUGGAGAGGAAGUUGGAGCAGGACAGUGACGGGAGCCACCAGAACUUCCGGGUCUUCAUCAGUGCGGAGCCGGCCAGCUCAGCUGAAAGCCACAUCAUCCCUCAGGGCAUCUUGGAAAACUCCAUCAAAAUCACCAAUGAACCUCCGACAGGAAUGCACGCAAACCUACACAAGGCUCUGGAUAACUUCAACCAGGACACGUUGGAGAUGUGUGCCCGGGAGAAUGAAUUCAAGAGCAUCCUCUUCGCUCUCUGCUAUUUUCACGCGGUUGUGGCUGAGAGACGCAAGUUUGGGCCUCAAGGUUGGAACCGAUCCUACCCCUUCAACACUGGGGACCUGACCAUCUCUGUCUACGUUCUCUAUAACUACCUGGAGGCCAAUGCAAAGGUCCCCUAUGACGACUUGCGCUAUCUGUUUGGCGAGAUUAUGUACGGAGGACACAUCACAGACGACUGGGACAGAAGGCUCUGCAGAACCUACUUGGAGGAGUUCAUUAAGUCAGAGAUAAUGGAAGGGGAACUGUUACUUGCGCCUGGAUUUCCUCUUCCAACUAACUUAGACUACAAUGCGUACCACCAGUAUAUUGAUGAUGGGCUUCCCCCUGAGUCUCCGUACCUCUACGGUCUACAUCCCAAUGCUGAGAUUGGCUUCCUGACCCUGACCUCGGAGAAGCUGUUCCGCACUGUGCUGGAGAUGCAGCCCAGGGACAGCAGUGGCGGAGAGGGAGCAGGAAGCACCCGAGAGGAAAAGGUGAAGGCUGUGUUGGACGAGAUAAUGGAGAAGUUGCCUGAGGAGUUUAACAUCCCUGAGUUGAUGAGCAAAGUGGAGGAGCGCACACCGUACAUUGUGGUGGCUUUCCAAGAGUGCGAGCGAAUGAAUGCCCUGACUUUAGAGAUUAACCGUUCGCUUAAGGAACUGGAUUUGGGCUUGAAGGGGGAGCUGACGAUGACUAGCGAUAUGGAGAGCCUACAGAACUCCAUCUUCUUCGAUCAAGUACCAGAUUCUUGGACCAAACAGGCUUAUCCCUCGAUGGCCGGACUAUCAGCCUGGUUUGUUGACCUCCUGUGUCGUAUUAAAGAGCUGGAAGCCUGGACGGCUGACUUUGCCCUCCCCUCCGCAGUAUGGCUGGCCGGCUUCUUCAACCCCCAGUCCUUCCUCACAGCCAUCAUGCAGGCCAUGGCCAGGAAGAACGAAUGGCCCUUAGACAAGAUGUGCCUUCAGUGUGACGUUACAAAGAAAAACCGUGAGGAUUUCAGUAGCCCACCGCGGGAAGGAGCCUAUGUACAUGGGCUGUACAUGGAGGGGGCUCGCUGGGACACUCAGGUCGGCAUUAUCACCGAUUCUCGUCUGAAGGAACUGACUCCGGCGAUGCCAGUCAUCUUCAUCAAAGCUAUUCCCGUGGACAAGCAGGACACACGGAACAUGUACCCCUGCCCUGUUUACAAGACACCUCAACGGGGCCCGACCUAUGUCUGGACGUUCAAUCUGAAGACCAAGGAGAGAUCUGCCAAGUGGGUCCUAGCAGGAGUGGCGAUGCUCCUGCAGAUCUGAAGACUAACAAAAAAAAAAGCAUUUUCACAUUGUUAAUGUACUAACUGGUGACAUUAUUGUUGACGUUGGGAACAAAACAAAGCACUUUAUUUGCAAAGCAACAUAUUUUAAGGGCGAUAGUGUUUUGCUAUCUGAACAAACUUUUCAAUAGGUGUAAAGGUUUGCAAUUAAGUGAGGAAAAGAAAUGCAAAACUUUUGUUGUAUUGCAUUUUGAUCUUCUAACUUUUCUUAAUAAAGAGCUACAAGUUCGA